CUGGGACCUCCUCUGUGAACCUUCUCCGACAAGGUGCGCGAGCCGCGAGCCAUGGAGGGCGCAGAACUGGUGGUCAAGAUCCUGUCCACCUGGCUGACUCUGGUGCUCGGCCUCAUCGUCUUACCGUCGGCGCUCGGAGUGUCUUUGGGCAUCUCCGAACUGUAUAUGAAAAUCCUGGUGAAAACUUUUAAGUGGGCCACAUUACGAAUUGAAAAAGGAACCCCAAAGAAGUUGGUUCUUAAAAACUCAGCUUCUGUUGGUAUUAUCCAAAGAGAUGAGUCACCCAUGGAGAAAGGGCUCUUUGGUCUUCGAGAAAGAGACUUUGAGCUCUCUGAUGUGUUUUAUUUCUCCAAGAAGGGAUUGGAAGCCAUUGUAGAAGAUGAAGUAACCCAGAGGUUCUCCUCAGAGGAGCUUAUGUCAUGGAAUCUCCUCACAAGGACUAAUGUAAAUUUCCAGUACCUCAGUCCUCGGCUCACCAUGGUGUGGGUGCUGGGCAUCAUAGUACGCUACUGUUUUCUUCUGCCGCUGCGAAUAACCUUGGCUUUCAUUGGGAUUAGUUUGCUCGUUAUAGGAACUACGCUGGUUGGGCAGCUGCCAGACAGCAGCCUCAGAAACAGGCUCAGUGAACUGGUCCACCUGACCUGCUGCCGGAUCUGUGUGCGGGCUCUUUCUGGUGCCAUUCGCUAUCAUAACAAGCAGUACAGACCCCAGAAAGGAAGCAUUUGUGUGGCCAACCAUACCUCUCCCAUAGAUGUUUUCAUCUUGACAACGGAUGGUUGCUAUGCUAUGGUUGGUCAGGUUCAUGGUGGACUAAUGGGAAUUAUUCAGAGAGCGAUGGUCAAAGCCUGCCCACAUGUCUGGUUUGAGCGCUCAGAAAUGAGGGAUCGACACUUGGUUGUUAAGAGACUGAAGGAACACAUUGCUGAUAAAAAGAAACUACCUAUAUUGAUCUUUCCUGAAGGAACUUGUAUCAACAAUACUUCAGUCAUGAUGUUUAAAAAGGGAAGCUUUGAAGUUGGAGGAACCAUAUAUCCAGUUGCAAUUAAGUACAACCCUCAAUUUGGUGAUGCCUUUUGGAACAGUAGUAAAUACAACAUGGUGAGCUAUGUGCUUCGAAUGAUGACCAGCUGGGCCAUCGUCUGUGAUGUGUGGUACAUGCCUCCCAUGACCAGAGAGGAGGGGGAAGAUGCAGUUCAAUUUGCUAAUAGGGUUAAGUCUGCUAUUGCCAUACAAGGAGGACUGACUGAGCUUCCCUGGGAUGGAGGGCUGAAGAGAGCCAAGGUGAAGGACACCUUUAAGGAAGAACAGCAGAAGAAUUAUAGCAAGAUGAUUGUGAGCAAUGGGUCUCUCAACAACACACAGUUGCACUGA